AUGGUGGCUUAUCUCAGUAAAAUCAAAGAUUUUCUUGCUCAGAUUAAGAGAUACACCAUUCAGCAGAUACCCAGAAAACAAAAUGCCACGGCAGAUGCACUAGCUAGGCUGGCCAGUAGUGCCGUGGUGGACAAAGCCAAUUUAGUCCCUGUUGAGUAUUUGGACCAGCCCAAUAUUAACCUGCAAGAACCUAUCCUUCUAAUAGACAACACUCCGUCCUGGAUGACCCCAAUUGCAGCUUUUCUAGAGCACGGAGUCCUGCCCAACAGUCGUAACGAAUCUAGAAAAUUGACGAGGAAAGCUACUCGGUACCUUAUCCUGGAUGGGGUCAUGUACAGGAGAGGAUUUUCUAUGCUAUUACUCAAGUACGUCAAUCAAACAGAAUUAGAGCGACUUCUUGAAGAGGUAGAAGCAGUUAACAAGACUCUCAAAGACACUUUGAAGAAGCAUUUAGAAGAGGCUAAGCGAAACUGGCCUGAGAGACUACUUGAAAUACUGUGGUCCUACAGGACUACCGAGUGA